AUGGGUGGAGGUUCGUCACGUCGCAAACAGCCCAUUGUCCCUUUGCCAUCAUUGCCAAAUUAUCCACAACAAUAUCCACCGCCAUCAAGUGUUCUAUUACCACCACCACGACCAGCGAGUCCAGUCAUGACUGGCCUUACUGGCCCGUCGUCACUCAAUCGGAGACAGCUACGACAAUACGAAGAGGCUCAACGAACAAUUCAAAAUCUACAAUCUCAAAUGUAUCGAGGCCGUUCUCCAAGUCCACGAUCCUAUGGCGGCCCUCCACUUGUCAAUGCUUCAGGACCAUCCUACGGAGCUCCAUACCCAUUGUCACCACCACCUUUAUUCUACGGUGGUAAUCGGCCUGGUACUCCACCUCCAAGUCCUAUUUUACACCGAAUGUCCUAUCCUUAUCCACACGCCAGUCCGUUUGGCUAUCGCGGUUAUCGCGAUUCAGACUAUGCAGCUGUAGCUAACAUAUCUGGAUUGAAUCCAGCUGAUAUUGCUCUUCUUCAUCGAGAGUAUCUAAAUUUAACACGAGGUGGAUUAACAAAGAUCGAUCGUGUUGUUUUCCGGCAAUUACUGCGCGAAGCACUCGUCGAUGCUAAUAACGAAAAUAUCGAUCGAGCCAUUGAAAACAUCUUUAUUGCUAUCGAUCGAAACCAUGAUGGUUUCAUCGAUUUUCCUGAAUUCGUUGGCGCAUUCCGAGACGUCCUUCGAACAGAUACAUAUGACUGCAAUAGCUGUCUUGGUCAAUAUGGCUUUCCUGAAGCAUUCAGUAGUCUAAUACAUGGAAAUAUUGCGAAUUCCGCUUGUAUUCAGCAACCUAGUAUAUCUGCUCUUGCUCAACCGCAAAUUAUCUCUCUUCCACCGACUACCAUUCAGCAAACGCCAGCUAUCUGCAAUAGUUCACCUCCAAUAGUCAUAUCGGUUGAUAGUAAUCAAUCACCAUGCGUAGUCAACACACAAGGACAAUGUUUAUCAGGACAAGUUGGUGAUUUGCAGUGUGCGCCUUGGUCGAUAAUGUAA